CGUCACAUUGAUUGAUCGGAUAAUUGGCAGCAGCUGUGACGCGCACGGACUCCGGACAUUAGCUGUUUUUAACAACGCGCACCGGCUGUAUCACCAAAACAUAUUUACUUUUAACAUGCUUGAGGCAAAAUCUCCUCUUUUGCUUUUAUUUGUGGCCACAUUAUUGAUGGUGAGCUGUCAGAGCAGGAAACAUGCAGCCGAACAAGAUGCCCAAAGUGGUGAAAAGUUUACAACCAGCAAACUGGAAACAUUGAGUUUGGUGUUGAACUCCACCAACAUGACGCACUUCGUCUAUGGGAUUGCCUCAAAUGUUGCUGCUGUGCUGCUGUAUGGAAGCAACUUUGUUCCCAUUAAAAGAGUGGAGGCAGGAGACGGGAUGUUCUUCCACUGGGUGUCCUGUGCAGCCAUCUGGGUCGUAUCAGUGAUGGGGAACGUGCUGCUUCAGACGCCCACAUUCUACCCUUUAGUGAUGCUCGGCGGUGUCAUCUGGGCCACAGGAAAUAUAGCAGUAACGACCAUCAUCAAAGCCAUCGGCCUCGGACUUGGGAGUUUAAUUUGGGCAUCCUCCAGUAUGCUGAUGGGCUGGGCCAGUUCAAGAUUCGGCUGGUUUGGGAUCACUGCUGUGGAGAUAUCCCGGCCGAUAUUGAAUUACUGUGGCGCUGCUUUGUGUCUGCUCAGUGGCCUGAUCGUUUUCUUUGUGAGAACAAAUGUGGAACUGCAUCCUGACUCUGAAUCAAUACCACUACUUAUCGACCGGAGAAUGAAUUCAGGCAGCUAUGGACCGGCUUCCGCGGAGUGCUGGAUAGACGUGACCGGGCCAAAGACCAGGCGUUUCGUCGGCUGCCUGCUCGCCGCCGUGUCCGGCCUGCUGUACGGCUUCUCCUUCGUGCCCAUCUACUACAUCAAGAGCAGUUCAUCCAACCGUGAGAGCAUGUACCACGGAGCCAGUCUCUACGACCCGGACUAUUUAUUUGCACAGUGCUCGGGCAUUUUUAUUGCAAGCACAGUUUACUUUGCCAUCUACUGUGCUGCCAUGAAGAACAGGCCCAGGGUCUACUCCAGAGUCAUCCUACCAGGUAUGCUGUCAGGAACGAUGUGGUCGCUGGCCACGUACUGCUGGUGCCUGGCCAGUAACUACCUGAGCCCGGUCAUAUCCUUCCCCCUCGUCAGUGCAGGAUACGCUCUGGUUGCAGCACUGUUGGGGACCCUGCUGUUCAAAGAGGUCAAGGGGUUGGCCAACUGCCUCCUCCUCUUCUUGGCGUCCUGCGUCGUGCUGACUGGCUCCACGCUGACCGCCGUCUCAAAGUUGUAGUCACACUGAAAAACAUCUGGUGAUGCUGAUAUUUCCAUCAUGCGCACACAUUUUCUCCAGUUCUCCAAAUGACCUAGAAAAGAAAGUCCCAGGUUUUUAAAUAGCGCUUUGAACCUCAUUAAAAUAAAUCUUUAAUGUAAAAAAAUGUCAUUUUGAAACAGCAGGUUUAUUCUCUGAGCUGACAUUUGGUGGCAGUGUCCUGCAGGAUCCACCCGCCUGGUUCUGCUCAGUUCAGAGGGGAAGUUUGCUGUUGGACUCCGUAUUUGUUGUUGAAAAUGUUUUGUAAAAUGUAAAAAAGGUAUUGUUGAAGAAAAAAGUGAUAUUUUGUCAGCUGUGCUUUGUUCAGUUGCUGCUAAUAUAUAAUUCACAAACAAUAACAUGUUUAACACGUCACACGAUAAUCAGACUGUCACUCCUCCAUCUGCUCACUGACAGGCUGGUUGUUUGUCACCGUUUUGCUUUUUUCUAUUAAUAUCACAUCUUUUCAAAACAUCAAUGAUGCCGACACACAACUCUGUAUUUACUUUGAUAUUUUUGUCAACACUGGUUAUUUUCUCACAGUUCCUGUCCACCUGCCUGUCUUCUUCCUCGCAGCUCACUUUGUGUUGUGACAGUGGAGUGAUGUGCUCCGGUUCAGUUGGAUGAUACAUGUGGGCAAAAAUAAAAGGUUCAUAGUUCAUAGGUGGUGGAGACGAUUUGACCAACUGUCAAAAUGUCCUUCAUUGUGAAUGCUUUGGAUAAUAAAGGUCACUGAGAAGACGUAAA